AUGGAUGUAUCUGGCUUGUUCGUAACGGACGAUGCUCCUUCAGACGAUGAUGCCAUCUCCAUCAAUUCUACCCUACUAUCCGAACAUGAUUCAGAUGAGGAAUGGUUGGUCGAAGGUAUCCGCGCCCAAACUCGCGAGGAUGGAACGGAUAGAUACCUGGUCGAGUGGACCGGCUAUCCCAUCGAGGAAGCCACGUGGGAGCCCAAAGAAAACAUGACGGAUGAGCUGCUUUUGGAGUGGAGAGAUACAAAGGCAAGACAAGCUCGAGGCGAGGAGGAGCCUUUUGACGUUGCCGCCUGGCAAGAGGCCGUGAAUAAGCGCCAAGAGGACAAAUAUCAACGGCACCACGAGCGUAACAUUAAGCGGAAGCGACGUGGCCUUCAGCUCAAGCUGUGGGAGGGCGAAACCGAAGCGGACUACUACCUCAGCGACGAAGACAUUGGACAAAACGACUUCAACGACAUCCUCCCGCCUCCGAAACAUGUUGAGCGACAAGAAAACGCGGUCCUUUCCGAUGAGAGAGAAGAGAGACGGCCGGAGAAGUCACCGAAACUGGCCGCCGUAGAAAAGCCAGCCCCCCAGAAACAGACCACGAUGUCAGAAAAGACGACAGUGAAGAUGACGGAGAAGCCCAGGUCGUCGAAGAGAAAGGCUUCCCCGUCUAUCUCACAGCCACGCCCACAGCCAUCCUCUCUCGCCACAGCAAUAAACGGGCAUCAGGGAACAGUGAAACGGCCCGUGGUCAGCAAGUCUACAACCAAGGCUGCCACCGCAGCACCCACGCAGCACAAAGCUAGGAAGACCACCGUUAGCUCGAGGACGAUGCUCGGGCCACAAAACAGCGGGGCGGGCAUCAACGUCUUUGCCGCCGGCAAGCAAAUCAAGCAACGUCGUUCACUGGUGCAGAACGCCACGGAUUCAACCAAAGGCCCUCGGAUGUUUUCAAACCAUCGAAUAAGACGAAAGGUCGAAUUGCAAAGCCGUGAUAAGGCGGACACUGUGCCUGGCACUGUCCCAACCAAGCUAUUCAGCAUCAGUAGCGGCCCCCCUGCUGGCUCGAGUUCAGGGACAUUGAAUGUCGUCUCUCGCUCUGCCCUGAAGCAUUCGGCCGAUGGCUCCAUGGCGUCCGCCAGCGAGUCCAGUGUUGCUUUUUCAGAUAUAGCGGACUCGACGCUUCCUAAAAACUCCGAGUCACAGCCUACACGGCCCAUGGUCGGGAAAAGGAAGUCUGUUCAGUUUGCAGACUUGCCUCUUGUCAAUGAGCCAGAGUCUGUUGAUGAGAUUCACCCGAAACGUCUCAAAUCGCCUCCUAUGCCACCAGAACCGUCUCCGCCAUCUCUUUCACCUCAAAAGCCCCAGCCCAUUCUUCGCAAGCUAUCAAUAACACAGUAUCAGUCGAGAAGCGCGGGUCAGAGUUUUGACAAAGCUGUUAUACUGGGACCGUCAGGAACCAAGGACAUCCAGAUGACGUUCGAGAACGUCAGACCUGAUACUGAUCCAUGGCAUUCACAGUUUGUCAACAUGGAUUCGCUAAGUUUCAGCAGAGUUUUCACUGCCCGUACUUUCGUAAGCCAAAAAAUAUCUCUUGUAGAACGAUGUCUAUCACACGGCAGUGUCCGGCCCAAGAUGCCGCAUGACCAAGAACCAGUCGACAGAGCUGCCAAACGGCUACGACUUGGGUCUUUUGGGGCGGCCUGUUUCUACGAAGACUUUCUCAUUAUCAUCUACCCCGCCGAUUGCGAGGAAUGGAAAGAAGUCAUGGCUGAAGUCGAAGUCACGAGCCUCGCAAACGUCACGCUGCGAUACGUUAUAUACAAGCCGCAGCCUGUUGCCACGACGCCCUUACCGAUGAUGAAGGUUAUCCCCUCAAGCUCUACAGAACCGCGGACUGCAAUAUUUCGGGAUCUUCUCCGUUUUGAUUAUCGCCAACUUCUCCCUCCCAAAGUUGUAGAUGGACACCACAACUUCUACUUGGCAUUUCCCCCGUCCAGGAAGCUCUUGCUUGAUGCUGUGAGCGAGUGGCUUCGUGCGGAAAAUCCUACGUGCAGGGUAUUUUCCACUAAGACAAUGGGCGACUGGGCCGCUUUUACCAACCCAAAGAAAGUUACGCAAGGAGUCAUCAUUGUCCACGAGACAGCUACCGACACUCUCCGGCGGUUUCCUGGCCUGCUCAAGCUACUCCUCCACAGUAACAGUGUGACUUACUGGUUCUGGUGCAUUGGAGAGUCGCUUCAGCAGCAUCCCUUGUAUCCAUCUAUCCGCUCUACGCACCGCAAGGCAGCACCUGGCACUAUCGAGUUGACGAGGCUUUUCCCUCAUGGAAACGCAAUUCUGGUUACACCCAGCUUUUUGGUCUCUGAGCCACGCCGUUCUCUCCAGCUUUUCGAGUGGUACAAAAAUACCCAUAGGAAGCCCUACAACAACCACAAGAUCGUGGCCGCUGCAAAUAUAGUUCAAUACCUGCGAGACCUUGCGUUUGAUAGAUCCAGUCAUCGCAAUGCGCUGUUGGUGGAGGCGGAGAGGGCACCCCGGCUGUACAGAUCCUCAGAACCAAGAAAGGUAGCGACGAAGGCGGGCCUUGACCAGGAAGAAUGUGCAGCUCGCUUUGAAACUUGGGCUAUUGUUGACGGACUUCAGCCGUCUGUUCGAACCAGAAUUGUGCCCGACGAGCAGCUCGAGCCCAUCAUCUUUGUUGAUGAGUCCAUCGACGCCAACGAUGAGCAAAGUCUUGUGAAUUGGUUUGGUUGUUGGUCCCAGACACGAUUCGACCAGUUCCGAAAGUUCCAUGUUCUGGGCACCGAUGGUAGCUCCAACAACAUUCAUUUCAUCAAAGAUCGCGACAUCCCCCUCUAUCCCCCGGAUGCAGCGCGUGACCCAGGAGCCGAGAUAAACGGCAGCGCUCAUCGCCUGGAUUCGGCUGUAAGCGAUCUUGACACUAUACAUGAACCUCAAGACAAUGCAACCCAAAUUUUCGGGGGGUUAGCUGCUCACACAUUUAAAAGUAAGUUGAUGGAUCUGGGUAAGGAAUGUGAGGGUCCCAGGAUCUGUGCGUUUGGCAAAUUGUACGGCCUUCCUGUUUCUUAUUACAAAGACAUUGUCAAUACGGCCGACUCCUACCAGGAUAGCCGUCGGGGGUUUUCAACGUUCGACAGGUGGAUAGAGUUCUCCUGGCCAUUCUUCUCCCUUUACCAACCAAACUUCCGAGUCCCAAAUGAAGUGCGUGGGCCGACCGUCUUCAACACGUACUUCGCUUUCUUUUAUACUCCCGACGAAGACUCCCAGAGCGAACCGCCCGCGCGCCACCCGUGGCUCGCCAUUUGGCGAGUUCAGGCACCGCAUAUUAGGCCGUGGGAGGGUACAGAGCUUCUCAUCUGGGACAUUGCGGCCAAGGAACGCUUUCCGGCGGUAACUCAGCUCUACGAAUCCCAGCUCGUCCCGGCUCAGCAGCACCUAAUUAACUUGAUACGGGAAAGAGGGAUAACCAAGCAGCGAGGUCUUGACCUGAAGCAGGUCUGGCUUGGAGGCUUCGAAUCGGCCCCCGCCGAGUACACCUCACCGAUCGAUGUCACUUUUGCCAACCUGGAAGCCAUGAUGAGGGAUGCUAAGGGAUAUCUUCCUGCGGUCGAAUCUCACCUUGCCUCCAGGGGCUUCCGCAAAGUCAAUCCUGGCACAGCACCUGCUCCAAAAGGACCCAUUGCUUCAGAUGCAGCGGGCAUCGAUCGGAUCAGCCGUCUCCAGAACCAUGGCGGUGACACCAAGAUCAUCUUCCAUCCGCCCCGCGCGUAUAGACCUAUCCGGCCGAGCCGAUACGAGAAUUUGUUCUAUAAGUGGGUGGUGAACCUUGACAAACAACAUCAGUGUGAGGCGUACCCCUACACGUUCAAGCCUACCGUGGAAUGGUACCAGGAGCAGCAGGUGGCUGAGGGCCGACACUUUGAGCACGUCAAUGUCUCUUCCUGGAAGCGCAUCUUCGAGCUGGUACGAAUUACAGCCGAUGUCGGGAACAAGAAGGGGGCGGGUACGGUAGAGAAGGGCAAAGACUGA